UUUCCGGUCGCUCACGGGAUGUCCAUGAAUGGGCAUAAUUGUUUCGUUUCGUUUCGAUUUGUGUCCAGAACAGGAGUCAUUUUGGUCAACGAAAUAAAAUGAUAGUGUACUCAUAUUUGUUUUUUUUUAACCAAACAAGCAAAUAAAUCAUAACCCACUGCUUAACAUGAGAAUAAUGGAGUCUCCUGCCCCGGCUGUGAAUAUGGAAACGCGUUGCCCAAAAACUCCCCCUGCUCGAGGGCUUCGCCACAUCCUGUCCCUCAUCCCCGGACAAAUUCUGCUCCACUGACACACUUCGUGGACGUUUCUUUACCGCAAUACGCGGUUGCGCAGAAACGCAAUAUGCUCGUUUAUCUUAAACAGCUUUCCAAAAAAUAAACCGGUGUCUGUGAGCAUCCCGCCCGCUUCCACUUUUUUACCUCAGCAUCCAUAUUUUUCGCAUCUGUGUGUGUGUGAGAGAGAGAAAGGGAGAGAGUGCGCGCGGCUGAAGGGAGUGGCAGACGCUGACAAUCUCAUGCCGGGAAGCCGACAGAGCCAUCCCUGUACUGAACCUCUGAAGCCUGUCGGCUCCGACCUCUUUGUAUUUGACAGGAUUUGGACUUUAUAAGUCCUGCAGGUGUAAUGGAGACGGAUAUUCGUCAUCCUCGUAUUUAGUGCCUCAUCAAGAACCUCGAAUAGCUCCGAAACUUGAAGUUUCUCCCGUGGACAAAAUGAACGUGCUGAAGUCCACUGGCUUGAAGAUCCCUGGCAGGGGUCCUAAACACUCCAGUCCAUUGGGACGGACCCCUCCUGGCCCAUCAACCAGUCCUGCAGCUCAGAAAGACAGUUGCCCCUACAAGCAGACCACUCCUACCCCUAGCAGCAACGCCUCGGACAAGUCCAGCUCUAAAGCAUCCGAGGUGGGCGAUGAGGUCGCUGGGGAUUUUGUGCUUGGCGAACGCGUCUGGGUAAACGGAGUCAAGCUGGGAGUCAUCGCCUAUCUCGGGGAGACCCAGUUUUCUCCAGGACAGUGGGCAGGAGUGGUGCUAAACGACCUGGUUGGGAAGAACGAUGGCUCGGUCAACGGGGUGCGUUAUUUCGAGUGCCAGCCGUUGCAAGGCAUCUUUACCAGGCCAUCCAAGCUGACACGGCAACCCAUCGGAGACGGAGGUGACGAGUUACAGCAGAACGCACAGCUGCAAGGUGGUGCCGGAGCAUCCGGUCAGCGCGUGGUCAUGCCGCUCCGAGAAGGCAUGCUCAACAGCUCUGUCAAGACAGGCAACGAGUCUGGAUCCAACAUGUCUGACAGUGGAUCUGUAAAGAAAGGCGGAGAGAAGGACCUUAAGGUUGGGGAUCGAGUGCUGGUUGGCGGCACUAAAACAGGGGUUGUGCGUUUUGUGGGGGAGACAGACUUUGCCAAGGGCGAGUGGUGUGGUGUGGAGCUGGAUGAACCUCUGGGAAAAAAUGAUGGAGCUGUAGCUGGAACCAGAUAUUUCCAGUGCCCGCACAAAUUUGGCCUGUUUGCCCCGAUCCACAAAGUGAUCCGCAUUGGCUUCCCAUCCACCAGUCCAGCUAAAGCUAAGAAGAGCAAGCGCAUGGCGAUGGGCGUGUCAUCCCUGGCUCACAGCCCCUCCAGCUCCUCCAUCAGCUCCGUCAGCUCUGUGGCCUCCAGCGUAGGGGGCAGACCCAGCCGCACGGGCCUGUUGACCGAGACGUCCUCAAGGUAUGCUCGGAAGAUUUCGGGGACCACGGCACUGCAGGAAGCCCUAAAGGAGAAACAGCAGCACAUAGAGCAGCUCCUGGCUGAACGAGAUCUGGAGAGGGCCGAGGUCGCCAAGGCAACGAGUCACAUCUGUGAGGUGGAAAAAGAGCUGGCGGCGCUGAAGGCUCGACAUGUGCAGUAUGCAACAGAGACAGAGAGCAACUUGCAGCAAGUUCAAGCACUGCUGGCAACCACUGAAAAAGACAAAAUGGAACUGGCCAAUCAGCUUGAAGAAGAGAAAAGGAAGGUGGAAGAUCUUCAGUUCAGAGUUGAGGAAGAGUCCAUUACCAAAGGAGACCUUGAGACUCAGACCAAACUGGAGCAUGCCCGUAUUCGGCAGCUCGAGCACAGUCUGCAUUUGGAAAUGUCCAAAGCAGAGCGGCUCCAGAAAGAGUUAGAGGAGAAGAUGGUCAGAGGCAGAAUCCAGCCAACACCCGUGAGGCUGGGCAAGAGUAUCAAGCAAACUACGGUAGAGGAGAAGAGCCGGGUCAUACAACUGGAGGAGGAGUUAGCUGUGCGCAAGUCCGAGGUCGAAGAGCUUCAGGCCCGACUGCAAAGAGGCUCCUCGGCGACAGAUGCCGGUUCGGGUGUGAGCUCGGAGGCUCUGGUCUUGCGGGAACAGCUGCUAUCUGCGGGCCGUGAACAUCGCGAAGAGAGCAGCCAGCUGCGUGAGAGGUACGAGGCAUCCCUAAGUAUCAGCCAAAAGGAGGUUGAACGUCUUAAAGCCAGCACAGAACGUCAAAGCCAGGAGAUCUCCGACCUGAAGCAAAGACUUCAGCAGGCCACGCGUGAAAACAUGGAGAUGAUGGACAGCUGGAAAACCAAGCUUGAUGCCUUGGUUGGAGAUCAUCAACGUGCCCUAGAAGAGCUCAAGGCCUCAUUAACAGGAGAUCGUGGGGCGGCCGAGAGCACUGGCGGAGAGGGUGAAGGAACCACACCUGAGAUGAGAGCGGCUCUAGAAAGCCUCAGGAUGGAGCAUCAGCUAGAAGUGGAGAAUUUGAAAGCCAAACACGAGAUUGACGCUGCAGUCAUGGCCAAGGAACGAGAAGACCUACGGGCUCGUCUCCAAGAACUACGAGAUCAGCUGGCGGAGAGCGAGGAGAACUGGAAGAUCCAGGUGGAAACCAAGAGCAACCAGCACGUUUUGGAACUGAGAGAAGUCUCGGAGAAGCUUCAGAAGGCUGAGUUAAGGAUCAGCGAGCUGUACAAGUCCAAUGAGGAGCGAGACCGACCCAUUCAAAUCCUGAAAGAGCAGCUGGAGCUGGCUGAAAAGAAGAUGGUGGACUACGAGGCCCUGCAGAAGGCUGAAGCUCAGAGCCGAGCGGAGAUCCUCUCUCUUCAGGAGAAGCUAAGGGUCAGUGAGAACCGACUGCAAGCUGUAGAGGCGGUUCACACAACCAAGGAUGUUAAUAUGAUAGAAAAUAAUGACAACUCCGAAGAGAAGAUUCAAUUAAAACAGAAUAUGGAAGAAACUCUGGAGAAACUUACAAAAAGGGAAAAAGAAGUAUCCACUCUAACAACCCAAGUCGACGCCCUAAAGACCCAAAUAACGGCCUUAGAGGAAAAAGUUCAGCUGGGAGAGAAGAAAGCAGAUGGACUGGUCAAGGAGAAGACCCGUUUGGAAGGGGAGCUGGAGUCUAUGACCAAGAAAUCCCAUGAUGCAUCUGGCCAGCUGGUGAUUAUUAGCCAGGAGCUGCUGAAGAAAGAGAGGAGCUUGAAUGAGCUACGGGUGAUGUUGCUGGAAUCUCCACGGCACUCUCCAGGAGUUGAUCGGGACCUUAUCCGAGAAGUCCACAGAACAGAAUGGAGGCAGAAGGAGCAGAAACUACAGGACGACAUUAAAAGCCUACGAGAAAAACUUUUGAUGCUGGGUCGAGAGAGGUCUUCCCCAGACCACCGGAGGUACUCCAUGAUGGACCCGUCCACUUCAGAUACAGAGGUGUCCCGUCUGCGUCAAAGACUUCUGAACACAGAGGAGGCUCUGAGGAGCGCUCUGGAGCACAACCAACACGUGGACCAGCUAGUGCAGGCCAUGUAUACCCGCCCCGACAAGCACCAGGCUCAUGCUAGUGCAAAUUCUGCAAAUGGAAUCCAUCAAGAAGACACGUCCUUUACACAUGAGGAAGAACACUGAUGAGGGCUAAAGGGAUUGUCAAGUGUUUGGUGUGUUUGAUGCCUAGGCCUUUUUGGACUAAUGCUUCACCGGACAUCUUAUUUUCUGUUUACAACCGUGUACCGAAGAAUAUCUAAAAUAAUCCGAGAUGCUUAUUAAAAGACAUACAGGAAGUGCUUUUUGAGGUCAUGGUACAACUUCUGACACCGACCCUGUAAGCUACCUCCGAGAUGGACAUUGAUAUCUUAAGGAACGUGAGAGCAUCGAUCAUGAUCCUCAGAAAAACAAUACUCUGCUAUAAUCCCUGUUGGUUAUAAUCGGUUGCUGUUUAGAAACUCGUUUGUACCCGUUUAAUUUAUUUGACAUGAUGCUUUCACCACCUUCUUUUAGAUGAAAAUCAGCGAAAUAGACUUGCCUACUUCCAGCACUGAGUUUGUCUUGGGCUUGUCGCAUUUCAUAGAUACUGUAGCAAACAAGUUAAUAAAAAGACCGCCUCCUGGAUUCCA